UGGCGUCGACUCCGAUUAGACUUCGGACCUUUAAGCCGACUCCAUACGGGCGCGCAUUCGCCGAUAUGACGUUGACCGUAUGCUUGCGCAUUGACAAAUCAUCAAUGUGGUGUCGGACAACGCAAAGAUUGUGUUUCUCGACGAGAGAAAAAAAAAUAAGACGAAUGUAUUCUUUCUUGAAUGACUUUGACGAUUUUUUUUUUGAAAGAUCUCGGCGCUAAACGUUUUUGAAUAUAAUUAGGUUUUGGACGAGGCGGGAAAAAUAUCUCUUUAGAGACACAUUAAAAAUAUUGAAAUGCUUCCGAUAAUCGAUAAUUAACUUUCCUCUCUUCUUCACAAUAAUCACAAUGCACUUUAUUUCCGAACGCUAUACUAGAGUACAUGACAGUACAUGACACAUCUUUAUUAUUAAGUCGAUUGCUAUUAAUAUACGGCUAGAAUAAUAAUUGGCAUGGUUUAUGAGUUACGCAAGCCGAUUUGUAAUAUAUUUUACGACUGAAAUUGUUACCCGAAUGCGACGGGAACGGUAAAGAGAUGGUAGAGGAUAUGGACAGCUUGGACGACAAGCUGUUUAGUAAUGCAUUUAGGAGAAAUCCAUCCGUUGAAAACGACAAAAAGAGAAUUACAUUUGCAGAUGAGGACGAUCCACUAGCUAGUUUGCUAGCUGACAAGGAAGAUUUGCCAUCGAAUCAGAAGAAUCCAGCAGCAGUAAAGGACAAACGAAGUAUACUAGAUUUAUUCAGUAAUAAGAUCUCUAAUGAAUCAUUGUCAAGUUCAAAGGCAGACGAAAAAGAGACUGGCUUGACAUUCGCAUUAAAUACUACAAGUAUUGAGAGGCCAAAAACAUCAGAUGAUAAGACCAAAAAAUUAUCAUUGAUGCAAGAUUUAUUUGGUGAUAUAUCGCGUACGUCUCCACUGAAAGAAUCUGUUAGUAAAAAGUCUGUACAACUGGAAGUUACACAGCACACAGCUGAAAUUUCCAGAUCACAGUCGCAGCACUCGACAUAUGCGCCAACAGUUCUUGGCACAAGAGAGCCUCGUAGAGGCAAAAGAACUUCAGAGAUAAUCAACGAUCCUCUGGGAUUAUUUACUCUGGAUACAACGUCGAUUCAAGCCGAGCAAACUACAACGGAGAGGCGUACAGCAUCUGCAGAUCCUAGUAGACAGAAAUCGGAAGUUAGAGAAUAUUUGCCUGAUUGGUUGGAGCCUAAAAAAGCACCAGAAGAUAAAAAUAGCAAUCAUGUUCAGGAUAGAGUAACACCUACUGAAGAAUUAUUUAGCAAACAUAGGAGAUCUAGUUCUGAUAAAAUUGUUCAAGGGGCAGUGAACGUAUUACAACACGAGGAUAAAACAACGGUAAUUAGGUCACUGCCACACGAGAACAAAACAUUGUCAAAAUCAAACAAUCAAGAAAUAGAAAUCAAUGAAUAUAAGAAACAGGAAGUUGAAGAAAAUUAUUCUAAAUCUGGCACAAUGGCUGUUCCAAUUGCUUCUGAUGUAAAUACAAAUUCGGAAGAUGUGCGUAGUACCUUAAUUCCCCAAAACAUGGGCUAUGAAAAUGCAAUUCAUAAAUUAGAAUUAGAAAAAUCUCAUCUGUCAGUAACAUUACAUAAUUUAAGUGAAAAAUAUGAAAAUGAGAUAACAAUUCUAGACGAGUCGUAUAAGCGACAAAUAGGAUUCUUGCAAGAAAGAACGGAUACAUUGGAAAAGAGAAUGCAGCAAGAACUUGAAUGUUUGGAGACAGAUUACGAAACAAAGAUUGAAAAGUUGAAAAACGAAAAAGUACAAAUUGAAACAUUUUAUAAAGAAGAGUUGCAGAAUUUAAGGAAAGAACAUGCUCAAUUUAUAGAAGAAAUUUAUGAACGCCAUUCUCAAAAUAUAAGACUGCUGCAGAAAGAGCAUUUUGAUACGAUAGAAAACAUAUUAAAAAUGAGAGAAGUGGAGAAUUUAGCUAUGACGACCAUAGCGACCCACAAGACUGAUCUGCAGAAUUUGCUCCAAAAAGCUGAUUUUAUUAUAGAGAAUAUAAAAAAUGUGCAAGAAAAGACUGAUCAAAGAAAUGACCAAAGUGUAAAGUUAAGAGAAUAUUAUUUAAAAAAUCAGGAGGAAGACAUGCAAAUACAAAAUAUGGAAACAAAGAAGCAACAGAAAUUACUGGAACAAGAACAUGAAAAAAUAAUGAGUGUAGCGGACAGAUUAGAUUCGCAUGUUACGCAAUUAAUGCUCGAAUUAGAGAAAAAGAGCACUAUGCUCAACCAGACAUUAGAAACUCUGCAAAAAAAGGAACAAUCUUUGUCGCACGAAAAAGAAUUGUUUGAAGAAAAAGUACAAUGGGAGCGUAAUCAUUUACAGGCUUUAAAAGAAUCUUGGUUUAAUGAGCAAGAAAAACAACUGAAGACUUUAACCAAGGAAAAAGAAACAAUCGCGGCUAAAAAGAAGCAAUAUGAAGUUUUAAAGACAAUAAAAAGUAGUUCGGAUAACAUUACAAAGAUAGAGUCGGCAGCUGCUAUAAAAGCAGCACAAGAGGCCACUAUACUCGCAAAUCAGGAACGAUUAAAAUGGCAAGAAAAAAUUAAAUAUCUCGAGAUGCAGCAGCAGGCCUUGCAGGAAAGGGAAUAUCGGCUCUUAGCGCGCGCUCAAGAUCUCGAAAGUUUUACACAGAUAGCAUUUACGAAAAAUGAGGAAGCUAUUAAAGCAUUGAGAAAUGUUCAUCAUAUUGAAAAUGAGCAUAAAACUAAAUUCGAUUCUCAUUAUGGCAAAUUUGGAAAGAUCAAUUUGGCAAGUGAAAAAUUGGCUUUAGAGAAAUUUAAAAAAAGUUCAAAUAUCCCAUAUAAUUAUAUAGAUAAACGAACAUUAUCUAAUCAGCAACAUGAGUUUCAAGUUACUACUCACUUUACAGAAGUUGUUGACCCUCAAUUAGUAAUGUUGAAGUUGAAUCUAGAUGAUCAGUUGGAUAACAUUCAAUAUACAUGACUGCUAUAAAAUUUUGAUACAAUAUUCAACAAAUACAUAUUAUAUACUUUUUGUAUAAAAACUGUCUGUGCUUGAUAUUUUAUAUAUUCUAAAUAACAGACAAUAAAUGUUGAUAUAUUUAUUA